UAGCUGUAACCUGUAAAGACAACAACUUUAAAACAGGGGAUGCAGAAAAAAAAGAAGAAAAAAAAACCAGACUUAUGAUUUCUUUCUCGAUUUAAUGCUUGUUUGUUUGUUUGUGUUACCUCACACACGUGGGUGAGUUUACAGAUGGCGAAUUUAUGAAGGCAAAUAGUCGAUGUUUUCAAUAAUAAAUUUAAAUUUCUGAAUCAGAUGUCCUUCUUGAUAUAUAUAUAUAUAUAGAGAGAGAGAUGAAAAGUUCUUCAUCUUUUAAGUAUUCCGGCCAAGAAAGACUGCAUCGGCGAAUCGGAGGUUUUUUGCUCCCCACGAUACACACAGCCAUCGCCGGUUUCCAGGUUAUCAAUUGUUAUUAAUUUUGGAGAAAGAGAAAGGAGAAUAUGUCUACUUAUUUCAAUAAGGAUCAAUCUCUAUCAAGUUCGUAUGUUGAAUCGUCACCUAACAUGAUGUAUAGUCAUCAUCAUCAUAAUAAUAAUAAUUACUCUUCGUCUUCUUCUUCCCCCUUUCAAGAAAUUUCAACAAAUGGUGAAAAACAGAGUAGGUUACCGGAGAAUGAUUUCAAUUCAUGGAGAGAUAAUCAGCUUCUUCUUCUUCAUGGUGGCGGCGGCGGUGGUGGUACUCAAGAAUUAUCUCUCAGUUUAAGUCCUCAUAUGCAAAUGCCUCCGUUUUUGGGUUGUUCUAAUUUGUCGAUUUCAGCUCAUGAUAACCUUAGAUUACAGGAAGACGACCAUUUAAACAAUCUUAUGCAAAUCGAUCAUAACGGCGGCCAUGGCCAUGGUCAUGGUCAUGGUCAUAUUUCAAGAAGCUUUCCUAAUUCAAAGUACUUAAGAGUGGCUCAAGAAUUGCUUGACGAGGUUGUUAAUGUCCGGAAAGCCCUGAAACGUCGCGAUUCCAACAUGGAAUUACAGCCAAAGAAGGAUAAUAAUAAUAAUACAUCAUCGCCACAAGAUUGCUCCGGCAGCAAAGUCAGAACCGAGCUUUCCUCCGUCGAAAAACACAAUCUUCAGGAGAAAUUGACAAAGCUUAUAGCUAUGUUGGACGAGGUGGAUAGAAGAUACAAGCAGUAUUACAAUCAUAUGCAAAUAGUGGUAUCCUCUUUUGAAACGGUAGCCGGAAACGGAGCGGCGAGGCCGUACACGGCGUUGGCAGUUCAGACUAUCUCCCGCCAUUUCCGAUCUUUGCGUGAAGCGAUAACAGGACAGAUGAAAUUAACUAGGAAGAGCCUUGGAGAGGAAGAAGAUAUAAACGGGAAUAUCAAAGGAAUCGGAAUUUCAAGACUCCGGCAUGUCGAUCAGCAACUCCGGCAACAGAAACAGCUUGGUAUAAUGCAACAACAUGCAUGGCGACCUCAAAGAGGCUUACCGGAAAACUCUGUUUCUAUACUUCGUGCUUGGCUAUUCGAACACUUUCUUCAUCCGUACCCAAAAGAUUCUGAUAAGAUUGUUUUAGCAAGAGAAACUGGUUUGACAAGAAAUCAGGUUUCAAAUUGGUUCAUUAAUGCAAGAGUUCGUCUAUGGAAACCAAUGGUGGAAGAGAUGUAUAAAGAAGAGUUUGGAAUACCGGAAAUGGGUUCCAAAUCCUCAUCCGACCUCGGGUCUUCACCCCCCGCCGCUGCCGGAGCCGUCGAAGAAAUGGAAAUGGUGCCCGGAAAUCUGACAAUAUCAGAAAUGGAUCACGAUGGAAGUGUUUUCCAAGAUGCAAUCUGGUUUGGGAAUAACGGCGGUGGUGGUGGCGGCGGCGUGUCUCUGACUCUAGGAUUGCAUAACCUUGGGGAGAAUUAUCGACUUCCAAUCUCAACCGGAGAUCUUAAUCAAUUUAACAAUACGGUAAGAUCUGACGGUCACGGUGCUCAUGUUUAUAACAUUAAUGUUGGAUCAGAUGCGGCGGCGGCUUCUUCUUCUUCGCAUCUCUUAUUACAUGAUUUUGUAGCUUGAUUCUGUUUGUUUGUUUUCAUUUCCUUUAUGUAAAGACACAUGAAAUCUAUUAAAUAAACCAAUUUUGGGUCUU